AUGGGUACGUCGGACUUAAAUUUUUAUAUUAACAAGCAUCGAAAGGCAUAUGAAGAACGGCUGAAGAGGGAACAGCAGAACCUUCAGGGAAAAACCUCCGAGGGGGGGGUGGAGAAGGUUGCCCGGAGCGAAGUGGCCAAGGGAGAUGCUACUGAGCAGUCCAAUGAAACCGACAACCGGAACAAAAAUCUAAAGGAAGGAGAUAGUCAAAAUGCUAGUCAGAGCGACGCUACGAGAAACUCCACGAGGGACGAAAAUAUUAAUCAAGUUGAUGCUGACUACCUGUUUGCCCUGAAGCUGAAUGAGGCCUUGAAUGGACACGCUGAACCUACUAGCGUGGCGAACGAAAAGAACCUGAGUAGUGUAGAACGGAACGAAGAUGCAGACCCUAACGAAUGUGGAGGGGAUGAUGUUAGGAAGCCGGACAACUCUUACGUCGAAUGCCUCCUGGGGGAUAAUAACUACAUGCCCUUUUGUGUAAAUUACAACGUAGGGAGGGGUGACAGUACGAAUCAGAAUUCACUGUCCCCCAGUGGAAGAAAUAGAAGGAGUGGCCACCACGUGGACCAUGAGGGAGGAGGUCAUAUGUACGGACCUUACAACCUUCGCAGCAGGAACAACCGAAUGAAUGGCUUCCAAAGCAGCAACAACCGUGAUAGACGCUACUCACCCCGUUUAAACAGCCCACAUGAACCCAUUAACAUUUCCUUAAGCUCGGAUGACGAGGAAGAAGUUCAAGUGAAUAAUGAAAUAGCGAAAAGUUACUUUUCAAAGGACGAUGGGGUAAGAAGAAGCAGCGAGGUUUUCUACGUUCCGGAGGAGAAUUUAUCCUUGACGCCAAGGCAGAGUAAGCCAAGUGGGCAAAGCAAUCUGGGUAGACCAUUUUCCACCCGGUGGGAAGACUCAAAGGGGGAGGUAACCACCGUUGAGGGGGGAAAACCCAAUCUGUGUAUUCAGGCAUGUGGAGGAAAAGGAGGAGAAAAUAUCCCCAGGAUGAUGGAAAGGGGAAAUAAUUUUUCCUUCCAAUCUGUAGAUGCACAAGGUGGUGAAAACUCACCAACCGGACGUUAUAGCGACUCUGGAGUGGGUUCUGAAGCACCCAAAUGUACAGUAGAGAAAUCCAUCCAUGGUCUGUGCGAUGUCUAUAACGACCACUUUGGUUUCACCAAUAGGGGGACAUAUCGGUUUGUCCGAAGUGCAGCCGCGGAGGUGGGACACCCACUUGGGGAAGGAGGGAACCCCAAUGGGAAUAACCCCGUUAGGAGCAACUACGUGGAUUCAUCCGCGCGUGAGGAUUACUCACAAGAGGGAAGGUACUACGUGCACUACGAACCGAUGAAUCCAAGUGGAACGGAAAAGGAGAAAAAUAAACCAAUGUUUGAGGGUGCAUAUGAUGUGGAUUCAUACGGUGAUGAUGGGGUAGACAACGGGUCAAGGUUCCUUCCUAGGGGAAAGUAUCGUAACGGAGGAGGAGGAGGAAGAGCGAAAAAUGCUGAAGGGGAAUACUACAAGGAAUACGUGCAUGACGGUAGUGAUGUGAUCCCCUUGGAGGGAGAAGAUCUGAUUGGUGGUGACACCCCUUCGCCAUAUAAAGGGAGGGCGAAGAAAAGCAGAAGGAAAGUGAAGGACCUCACCCAGGUGGAGAGAAUCCAUAACGAUGAAGGGUUUUCUCCUCAGAUAGUUCAACUCGAUGGUGCACCUAAGAUGACCUACACUUUGAGGUCGUCCGGAAAAAAACCCACGAAUGAAAAAAUUGAAGACCCAUACUGCUGCAAGGGUGAGGGUCAUGAGGUACAAAAUGGACGUGGUGUUGAGGGUGGCCCUGAGGAUGACCCUUUUAUCUUCAGGACAGAUUUGGGAAGGAGGAACGAUCCGAACAUGGGUGUAUGUAACAGUGGAGGGUACCCAAAGAGGAGCGGCGUAACCUAUGCUGACAUGGGUCGAGACAUAAUGCAAAGUGAGUCUUCCCCUUUUAAUAUGCUCCAUUUUGAAAAGGGCAACCCCGUGGAGCAAAGUGUAAACGAUUAUUCUGUAAACAACGUUCUGAUGCAGAUGGAUGACAAUGCACGGGUGCUUGCAGAAAUGGCUAGCAAGUGUGCACCUCUUGAGAAAGGAAGUCGUCUCCCCUUUGAGUCUCUGCACCGUGGGGCAAUCGAACAGGAGGGGAGUCCCCACUCGAGGACGAAUGAACCCCCCGAACUGUUUACCGGCAGGGACUUCACACUGAACCAUUGCCAGGAUGGCAUAAGUUUAAAUACGUUUAAUCGCCCAGAGGGAGGGUUGCGUAAUUAUGUAGAAGAGGGGAAGUGGUGUGGUGCUCCCCUAGAUCGAUCCAGUGCGCUACGUGGUGCCCAUUUCACCGGGGAAGUGCCCUCAUCAUCCCGCAUGGUGGAAGAACCCCUCUGUGGUGAAGCCGCCCCACACAGUGAAUUUCUCCUGGUGAACGAAUACGGUGCAUCCAACUAUAAAGUGGUGCCAAUAAAUGGAGGAGGUAAUUUGCAAGGCAGCCCGGAAGAGAAGAGAAAAAAGGAGGGUCACUACAGAUACGUGAACAACGACAGGACGCUAAACCGAUUCAAUGGGAAGAGCCCUUUAGGAGGUCCAACACCAGACGUGUAUGUAAUUGACGAAGGCACAACAUUUGGUGAACCACAUUCUACAUACGAACAAAACGUCCAGCAGCACCACAUGGGGGGUUACCUUCCAGCGGGGAUAUUCAACCAGAAUGCACAACAGGUUGGUUAUAGGAAGAGAGAAAACGCAGGUUCAGUUAAAGCGGAAGGGACACAGAUGGAGCAGGAGCAGGUACAGGAAGGGUCUGUUGUAAAUUCACUUCAAGGUGAUGCUUAUGCAAACCGUGACGUCUCCGACCAGAGUUACGGAAGAGGCAUGGAUGACAACACGACCUCUGCCAUGGACCAGUGUGACCAGGAGAGCGGCAACAGUGAGGACCUGAAUGUGCAGCAAGCCAUCAUUAACAGCCUAAUUGAUUUUUAG